AUGGACAUGAUUUUAGCAGCAGACGAAAAUAUUUUUUCAUCACAAAUUCAAUCGAUAAUAAUUCAUUUAUUAUCAACAAUAUUUAGCGCACUGGUUAUAUCAGUUGGACUUGUAGUUUCAACUGAGAUUUCGGGCUAUAAUUUAGAAACAAUGUAUUAUCCCGUUAAUAAAGUGACUUGUACAUGCGAUUGUUGGGAUGGAUAUUUUCGAGGUAAAUUUCCACGUGGUCAUUAUAAAAUAUUUUAUUUUAAUUAUGAACAAUCAAUUAUUAUUCUAUUAUGCAUUCUUCUUUUCUAUGGUGAACUUCUACGAAAAUUUUUAUUUAAAAUAAUAUUUAAUAGAGAAUUAAUUUUAUUAUUGUUGAUUCCAUCUGUUUAUUCGAAUUUCUAUGGCAUAUGGUCAAUUAUUAAUUAUAUCAACGAUCAAGAUUACGACCGAAUGUUAAAAUCUCAAAGUUAUUUUUCGCUAACAGAACUUAUUGCUACAUUUAUAUUUUAUCAAUGUUUAACGAUGAAAAGUAGAAUACCAUCCUGGUUGAUUUAUUUCCUAUGUACAAUAUCUUGUCUACAUAUUUUUCUUGCUUUCGGUGAACUCAAUCUUGAUCAAAUGGGAAGAAAUUUUGCGCUUGUUUUAUCUGAUAUCAUAAGUCUGAUUUGGAUUAUAAUAAUGCUUAUUAAAAAUCCUCGAUUAAAACCAAAUUUAAGAACAACAUCCAUAUGGUUAUUUGUUGCUUUAUGUUUGUGGCUAUUCUAUCAUUUUGUUUGCCAAUUUCGGGAAGAAAACGGAAAUUACUUGUAA